GUAAUUUACAACUUAUCCGCAUUAACUUAAGCUCCUUAUAGCGAACAUCCAUAUCAGCAAGGAAAAGUAGCUCUCUUGAAGACCACUCAUGGCCCCCUCAACUUUCAACACUUCGCAGCAAAAACACCUCCUCUCCAUAGCUCUCUGUAAGUAUUCAUCUGUUAAUACUCUCAGUUUCCACUGUUUAUCUCAUUUUCUUACUUUCCCUCCGUUCAAGCACAAACCUUUUUCUGUACUUAGAGCACAAGCACAUGUUAACGACAUUAAGACAACGAUAUCCACAACAACCCAUGAAAAUCCCACCAAAACAAAGAAUUUAAGAAUGAGAAGAAAAGAGAACGGCUCUGGGCAACCUGUGAAUAACCUUGUUAAUUCGAUAGUUGAAAAGAUUGAAAAGAGGUCUAUAAAAGAUAGAAAUACGAGAAAGGACAUGAAUUUCAGAAGAAGUAAGAAUAUUGGCCCUCGAAAUUCGUCUACGAGACAUAAAGAUGGAAAUAAAGAAAGAAAGCCUUUGGAAGACAAUGACAUUAGUGUAGUUCAUGGUAAAAUGGAGAGGAAAACCAAAAAAGGCGGUGAUAAUCAGGUGAAAGAGGAGAAAAUUGCAAAAGGUUCCAAAAGAAACAAACCUGAUUCACCAGAAAUACAAUUCCGGAUCAAGUUGGAUAUGUGCUCUAAGAAAGGGGACGUAAUGGGGGCAAUUCAACUGUAUGAUUUAGGUCAGAAAGAAGGAAUCAAGAUGGAGCAGUACCAUUAUACAGUACUGUUAUAUCUUUGUUCCUCUGCUGCUGUAGGUAUCGUCCAACCAGCAAAAAGUGGGAGUGGUGGUCGAGUUUUGACUGCAGAGGUGUCUAGUGGAGAUAAUAGUUUAAGAAAGGUGGAGUUGAGCGAACUAAGAGAUAAGAGUGAUCGGGGUGCUACUGAAUCAGAGUCUCUACAAUUGGAUCAAAAGGGUUAUAAUAGUGAAAAUCAUGACGCCCGUGAAAUUCAAGUAAGUGAAGAUAUCAAAAAGUAUGCGCUUGAGAGGGGAUUUGAGAUAUAUGAGAAGAUGUGUAUGGACAAGGUCCCAAUGAAUGAAGCUACCUUGACUGCUGUUGCUAGGAUGGCAAUGUCAAUGGGCAAUGCAGAUAUGGCCUUUGAUAUGGUUAAGCAAAUGACGCCACUGGGAUUAAAUCCUAGAUUGCGGUCCUAUGGCCCUGCUCUAUAUGCCUUUUGCAAUAAUGGAGAUGUCGACAAAGCAUUUGCUGUAGAAAAACACAUGUUGGAGCAUGGUGUGUACCCAGAAGAGCCUGAAUUGGAAGCACUCUUAAAGGUAAGUGUACAAGCCGGUAAAGGUGAUAAAGUUUAUAAUAUAUUGCAUAAAUUGAGAACUAGUGUGCGAAAAGUCUCACCCUCUACUGCAGAAAUAAUUGUUGGAUGGUUUAAGAGCAAGGCAGCUUCAAGAGUCGGGAAAACAAAAUGGGAUAAGAGGGUAAUUGAAAAGGCAAUUGAAAAUGGGGGUGGAGGAUGGCAUGGACAGGGUUGGCUGGGUAAGGGAAAGUGGACUGUUUCAGUUACAUCUGUUGGAUCAGAUGCAUCUUGUAAAUCUUGUGGAGAGAAGUUGGUCACCAUUGAUCUUGAUCCUAUAGAGACUGAUAAUUUUGCCGAAUCAGUUGCUUCUAUUGCCAUAAAGAGAGAUAAAGAUUCAAGCUUUCAAAAGUUUCAAAAAUGGCUGGACUAUUACGGACCUUUUGAAGCAGUGAUAGAUGGUGCUAAUGUAGGUCUUUUGAGCCAGAAGAGGUUCGUUCCAUCUAAGAUCAAUGCUAUUGCUAAUGGAAUACGCCAAAAGCUUCCUUCAAAAAGAUGGCCACUUAUUGUUUUGCACAAUAGGCGUAUCACUGGACCCAAGAUGGAUGAACCAGUAAACAAGGCAUUGGUUGAGAAGUGGAAAAAUGCCGAUGCACUUUAUGCAACACCUACCGGAUCAAAUGACGAUUGGUACUGGUUGUAUGCAGCUAUAAAGUUCAGGUGCUUAAUUGUGACCAAUGAUGAGAUGAGAGACCAUACGUUUCAACUUCUAGGAAAUGACUUCUUCCCGAAAUGGAAAGAAAGGCAUCAAGUACACUUCAAUUUUUCUGAAGCUGGCCCGAUUUUUCACAUGCCUCCUUGUUUCUCUGUUGUAAUUCAGGAAUCAGAGAAAGGCCACUGGCAUAUUCCAAUUGCAACAGACCAUGAUUAUGAACCAGAGAGAGCAUGGCUAUGCAUCACACGUGCUAAGUCCUUUGUGACCACGCAAGAUUCUACUCCCACCAGACAUGAAGAUUCACAAUCUGUUGAACAAAGCAAUGGGCAAUCUAGAGUUAAGUUAAACCAAGACACAUUGAAACAUAGCAGCCAAGAAGAUUUGCAGAAAUCACCUCAGGAGGUCUACAAGAAUCUCACGAACAUUCUAUCAGCAUCUGGAUUCUCAGAUCAUAACACUGUCCUGUCAAAAAUUGAGGCAGCGGAGAAGUUUGGUGAUUGUGUAAUUGACUUUCAGAUAUGAAGUUAAUGGUCUCCUAUUCAGGACUUUGAAUGACAUACCUGAAAAGAUUCAUCUUGUACAAUAUUGAAGCAUAUUCAGUUGACCACAUUACGUAAAAUUGAAGGUCCUCUGGUUCUGUUCUCAGGUUGCUCAAGUUUUCUCAUCAUUCAAAAGGUUGACUAUUUAGUUGGUUAAUUUCUUGAAAUCAGCCCUGUAAUUUUCCUUGCUGCCAUGCAUUUGCUUGUACUUUCAUGUAAAAUGUGGUCAGGGUGGGUGAUCAUGUUGGGGAGGAAAGCCUAAGACACUAAAGGUCCACAUUCCACAUGACAUUUCCCCAAAUCAUAUUUUUCUGAAAAUAAUUAAUUAUUUCUAAAUUACAUGCUUGUUGGAUGAUUCUGUCUA